CGUGGGAAUGAGCUGCCGCUGCAUCCUGUGCCAAAGGGACGUGAACGCCGGCAAACAGCCGACGCACCAGGUUCAUUGGUCGCCGAGGGAUGCCACAGAAAAUAUUCAGCGACAACGCGACCAACUUUGUCGGCGCCGACCGCAAGCUGCGCGAGCUGAAGGAGGCGUUUCUAGCGCAAGCGCCAGAACUAAUGGGGUUCGCAGCCGAAGAAGGAUUCAGCUUCGGCUUUAUACCACCCAGGGCGCCGCACUUCGGCGGAUUAUGGGAGGCGGCCGUGAAGUCCGCCAAGCAUCUAAUCGUUCGCGCACUCGGCAACGCCCUGCUAACGACGGAAGAGCUCUCAACGCUACUGGCCGAAGUGGAGGCCAUUUUGAACUCGCGUCCCCUAACACCGUUGAGCCAGGACCCCAACGACGGAGAAGCACUAACUCCAGCACACCUUUUAAUCGGUUGUCCCCUGCAAGCACUGCCCCCAGCACAAGUACCAACGGACCCAAUUCGUUGCUGCGAGAGAUGGCAACUUGUUUGCUGUCUCAAGCAACAGUUUUGGCAACAGUGGUCCAAAAUAUAUCUAACGAGCCUUCAGGAGCGCAACAAAUGGCUCCACCCCAAACGCAACCUGCAGCCAGGCGAUCUCGUCCUCGUUCACGAAGACAACGUGCCGCCGCAGCAGUGGGUAAUCGGCCGCGUCGGCGCAACCGUCGAAGGCCAAGACGGCAAGGUACGAGUGGCAGACGUGGCAACCAAGGCGGGCACCAUUAAGCGCCCAAUUCAUAAACUUGCACUACUGCCCAUGGAUGUUGAAGGAUCCUGAUCCUGUCAAGGUGGCCGGUGUUGCGUCAAGCGACUUAUACGAAUAUAUGUUCAAUUUAAAAUGAAAAUAAAAUAUGAAAUUAGAAUUAAUUACUUUUUUGAAAUGCAUGUUAUAUUCGAAUUAUACUUUCAUUGUACUUACCCUAAUAAUAUUAAAUAUACUUACCUUAAUCUAUUACUUUAAGUUAACGAAAUGAAUUAUACUUACCUCCUUUUUGUACAUACAUACAUACUAACAUUCCAACUGUUUUUUCCCGUUAGCUUUAAGAUUUAGGCUAAGUCAUCUAGUUGCUGAAAUAAAGAAAUGAAUUGUUAUUUGACCGCAAUCGAA